CCGCAAGCGAUCACGGUGUUGAGCAGAACGGCUCAUCCCUCGGAGUUUUCUUAGGGAGGAAGACUUUUUACGGGCAGGUUAAAAGAGGCAGAAGCUCUGCACAUAACGGGAACGGCCUCCGGAGUGCAGUUUUUUCUCUCCUCACAACUCCUGGAUCUUCAUAGAAGAAAGACGGACAUUGGACACAAAAUCUUCAGAAAUGCCCCAGCGGGAUGCUCUUGCCCCCAAUGGGCACUUAGUGGGACAAAACAAUUCAGCAAACAGCAGGAUCUGCAAAUUCUUGAAACGUAAAGCUAUUGCGUGCUUUUCUCUGCUGACUGUCAUCCUCACCAUUGUUAUAAUAGUUCUAGGAGUAAAACUACAUGGACAGCAAAGCCAUGGUCUGGUUUCACCUACACCAUGCCCCGUGUCACGCCCUUCAUUCCAUGUGCCAUGCCCUUCUCGCUGGGUUGGGUAUGAGGGGAUGUGCUACUUCUUCUCCACUGAAGAAAGGACUAGGACAAGUAGCCACGAGUUCUGCUCUUCAUAUAAUGCCUCCCUGGCUACAGUUGAAAAUGAGGAAAAGGAUGCUGUGCUGCGGUACAGGGAGAAAGUGCCCUAUUGGAUCGGCCUCACAAGACGCUCAGGACAGCCCUGGAAAUGGCCAGAUGGCCAAAUUGCAAGCUUGGAAGUCCUUGGAGAGGGAGACAACUGCGCGUAUUUGAGUGACGAAGCAGAGGCCAAAGCCAGCGUGUCAAGGUGCGGCACAGAACAUCGUUGGAUCUGCAGCAGAUCUUCUAAUCCAACUGGAACAUGAAAUAAGUGUGGGAAGAACCAGAUGCGAUGUCCCUGUGCCUCAGUCUCCCAGCAGCAAGUGACCAGCGAGUUACAGCUAGACAGGCAGACACUUAGGCAUCUUCCUGGUUACUCUUCUGUCACUGAACCCUUAGAUGCGUAGAUUUCAACUCUUAGGGAAACAGCUUCCUUCUGUCUCCUUUCUCUCUCUCCUCGCAUGCACACAAAGAGGGAGGGCACGUUUCUCCAUC